CUUGUCUUGUUUCGUCAACCUUGACGUCUUCAGUCCAUUCCUAAAGAAGGCGUAGGAAUUGUUUGUUUCGGAGCUGGUUUCCAUUCAGACACACACUCUCUGUCGUCCAUUCAUUCAUUUAUUCACCCUCUGCUGUUGUUGGUGUUGUUGCUGCUGCGGCUACAUUACGGUCCCUUGGCCCCAUCACUGUCGACAGCGCCCUCUCUCUUCUCUCUUCUUUUUCUCUUCGCCGCCGCUUCUUCGACCAUUCGACUCGAUUCCUCCAGGGGAGGUUUUUCUUUUCUAAAUCUUUCACUUCGACACCUCGAUCUCAUUUUUUCUUGGUUUUUUUUUUUUCUCUCAGUCUUUCCCUUCUUUCUUCAGUCGCAAUGAGUGCCGGAAACUCACUGCUGCCGCGAGGCGGUUACGAGCUCACACCUGAGCAACAACUCGCUAAAGAAAUCGCCGAAACCACCAACGGAAACCUCUCCAAGUACCUCAUGAUCGUCUGUGGUGCUGUCUCUGCUGCUGUUAUCGUCUGGAAGGUCUGCGAGCGAAUUAUCCGACUCACUCGACAUGUUUCUUGUUUGAACAACGACAAGCAGCGCUACUUCGCUAUCCCCAACCAGAAGUUCGCUGCCCUGAAGCGCCACCUUCUUUACGCUCCCGUCUUCAGCAAGCGCCACAACCGCGAAAUCCAGCUAAGCAAGGCCAUCAACGUUGGAACUCUACCCACCCGUUUCCAACUACUUUUCCUCGUGUCCUAUUUCGUUUCCAAUGUCGUCUGGUGUGUUAUCGACAUCGACUAUUCCGCUGAUAUGGCCACCGCCUGCGGUGUCAUUCGCAACCGCACUGGUGUCCUCUCAACUGUCAACAUGGUCCCUCUCUUCCUUCUGGCUGGACGAAACAACCCUCUCAUCCCCCUCUUGAACAUCUCCUUUGACACCUACAACCUGAUCCACCGUUGGUUUGGCCGUAUUGUCAUUCUUGAGGCUCUCGCUCAUACCCUUGCCCACUAUGGUAAGAACGGUUGGGUCUUCACCCCUCCCGCGGGCAACUUUAUCCUUCCCGGCUUUAUUGCCACAUGCUCCUUUGUCUUCCUCGGCAUCCAGGCCUCCAGUCCUCUUCGCCAUGCCUUUUACGAGAUCUUCAAGGCUCUCCACAUCCUCGCUGCCACCGCCGCCGUUGUGGGAUUGUACUAUCACUUAUCCGCAUCCCCUGGUCUGUUCAAGUGGCUCUGCUACGUUUAUGGUGUGAUCGCUAUCUGGAGUUUCGACCGAACCUAUCGUAUUUGGCGUGUCAUUCGCUCCCACGUUGGAGGUUCGCGCUCCCGAACCAUUGUCGAAGCCCUCCCUGGAAAUGCCGUCCGAUUGACCAUGACUCUGGCUCGCCCCUGGAACGCCGCCCCUGGACAACACGCCUAUCUCUACAUGCCCGCCAUCAGCUACUGGCAAUCUCACCCCUUCUCCGUCGCCUGGUACGAUGGCGUCGAGGAUGUUAAGAGCGACCGAUUAGCUACUACUAAUCAAGAUCUUUUGGCCAUGCAACAACAACGAGUUUCUUUCAUCAUCCGAGGUAGGACCGGCAUGACUGACAGCCUCUACAAGAAGGCAGUCGCUGCCCCUGGAGGUCGUUUCGAGACAAGCUGCUUCGCCGAGGGCCCCUAUGGUGGACACCACUCUUUCGACUCUUACGGUACCGUGGUUCUCUUCGCCGGAGGUGUCGGCAUCACUCACCCCGUUCCCUAUAUUAAGCAUCUUGUUGAGGGCUACUCUGAGGGCACUGUCGCAACUCGAAGGAUCUUGCUAGUCUGGACCAUUCAGACUCCCGAGCAUCUGGAGUGGAUCCGCCCCUGGAUGACUGAGAUCCUAGGCAUGGACAAGAGAAGGGAUGUUCUACGAAUCAUGCUCUUCGUCAGCCAGCCUCGCUCGACCAAGGAAAUCCACAGCCCCUCGUCUACUGUUCAGAUGUUCCCUGGACGACCCAACAUCAACACUCUCUUGGGUAUGGAGCAAGAGCACCAGGUUGGUGCCAUGGCUGUUACAGUCUGUGGUCCUGGCGCUCUCAGUGAUGAGGUUCGCUUGGCUGUUCGAAACCGCCAGGAUCGAUCCCACAUCGAUUUCAUCGAGGAGGCGUUCACGUGGUAAGCUUAACAGCGGGUAUGAGGUGUUUGGGAGUUUUGGCAUUUCCUGGCCAGUCCAGUCCAUAGUUCCCAGCCAUGAGCCACAGCACUGGCUCUUAUUUCUGUACUCUGAGAGUUUUUCAGGGAUUCGGAUGUUUCCAGUCCAUCUUUGGACAUCUUGCGAAGCAAGGCUCAAUUUUGAGAUCAAUUUCAUGUAUUGUACUUUAGAUCGAGGUGUAUCUACGCUCCUUUUCUGUCCUUUUGAGGACCAGCACUCAAUAGCACUAAAACAAGUAACGUCCAUGAGUGUGUCUUGUACUA